AUUUUGUUACAAAUAUUUUGUUUAAAUUACAGUUUAUUUACAUGCAGUAAUUGUAUCAUGAAACAGUUAUAUCUGAAAAGUCGAUCUUAGUAUCUUGGGUUUGAGACUUUUGAUCGAUUAAUAUCGGUUAUAAUUAUCAGGGCCUACAACCUUAUGGUAAAUAGCGUUUCAGCAUCUUGGGAUAAGUAAUAAACAUACAGUAUUAUAGUCCUUACAAUUAUCAUAAUACUCUCACCAAUGACCUGAUAAGAAAAGAUUAUUUAAAAAUGUAUUUCGAUAAAAUAUUUCCGGGUACUCAAUAAUCUGUAUUCAGUUUCUUAACAGGAAAAAUAUGCAAAACAUUUUACAGCACUAUCGUUUGCCCAUUUAAAAAUAAUGUUAAAGACAGAUUAGGAGAAUAACGUAUUUUAUUGUGUAAAACAGCUUUUAAAAUAAACAUAUAAAGUGAAUCCAAUUAAUGUUUAUCUUUUCACACCUACAUUUCUCCACAAAAUACAGAGGCUGACCAUCAUCACGUAUUAAUGUAUUUGAAGCGAAACAGCGUAUCUCAAGGCGCGGUCGCGUAUAGCGGCAUCUCUCUUACGCUGCUAGAAAGAACUAGCCAUUUUCACAAACGUAAUUGAGUGCCAAUAGUCUAAUUAAAAUAGGCCUAUGUACAAUUUAUAUUUGCUAUACAUCUCAAAAUUUAGCUUUUACGAGCCAGGAAAGUUUAUAACAAUUACGCAAUAACUCCAUUGAUUUUAAAAUGCUCUUCUCUAUCUUUGGCUACCGGCCAGUUCUGGCAAAGCAAUUUUAUGAGAAGUAUUAGAACUAACAAAAUAUAGAGUCAACUAAUUAAAGAUAACAAUGUCUAGUUAUUUAAGUUCAUCCAAUAAGCUUCGCUCAUAAGUAAAUUUCGCAAAAAAAUAAUGAUAAUUUGUUUUGUGCGCUAAGUGUUAUACUAACCUUGAAAACUCGAGAUAAACAUAGUUAUUCUUACUUACAUCAAUAUCCACGAACAAUGUGCAGACGAGUGAUAGAAAAACCGCAGAAUGGGAACUCAAGCAUAGCUGUUUUUAUGUACAUUAACUAUAAUAACGUUCUUAAGUCAAUGUUUUUGCAAAACCAUAUGUUGUGGCAUAGUUUUCAUAAGCCGUUGUCGAUUAGUACCGAUUGUACAAUGGGCGUUACACACCUAUUUCAUGUAUAUCGAUAUUAAAUGUAAUGCUAAACAUAAUUACGACAAGUUUCGUAACAUUAACACCAUGUGCACCUGAGCACUGCACAGUUCUCGGGCUCACGUGACUAGGUGACUGUUGAAAGAAUUUAACUAAAUAUAGUUUUGAAUUUCGAUGUUUUUAUACUCCUUUAAGUUGACCAUGUUAAGUAUGGAGCCUUAAUGGAUAUCAUCGACGCUGCAUUUCCUGUUAUUGUCCGCCAGCUGCAUAGAAACUGUCUGAAUGACGUAAAUCGUCAUGAACCGCUGAUGUAGCGAAAUUUGUAAUUAGUUAUUAACUCAAAAUUGUAUGCAUUCCUAUUUCUAAUAUCGAGUAGGUCUCACGCAUUAAUUAUUGUAAUUUUUAUAAGUAAUAAAUUAGCAUUUAAAAUCAUUUUUGGUUUUUUUUCUAUCUGCCGUCUGCAGUAUACGUAAUUGGCGCAGUCGGUAGGAUACUCGCGGGCCGGUUCGCGAGCAAUAGAGUCAUCUCAUAUCGAUAUUCGCGUUCGCGAGUCGCCCGGGCGGCUUUCAAGCCACAUCCUGAGUAUCCUGAAUCUACGGGACAACUGCGGAGCCAGGCGGAGAAUCCAGACAUCGAUUCGCAGAGAAAGAACCAAUAUGAAACUUAUGACUCUGCUGCUACUGACAAUACAUGCGACGCAUCCUCAAGAGAUAAGACUUGAGACCCUAGCUGAUGGGCCCGGACUAUUACCAUACAAACUGGGACCGACACGACUAACCAUACACUAUCAUUCCUUUAUACAACCCAUUGACCUCAACGAUAUUGAAAAUAAAAUCGACUCUGUACAGACUCAACUUAAUACAUUUAGGACUAAACUCGAUAACGAAACUUACCUACUCUAUGAAUAUCAAAUUGAUUAUCUUACUAAUAAGGUUGGCAAAUUACUACACCAAAUUAAAUCUUUAGAACCUGUUAGAGUUAAAAGAGGUCUUAUAGAUGGCCUAGGGUCUAUAGUAAAAAGUGUCACUGGCAACUUAGACUACCAAGAUGCCCUUAAAUACGACGAGGCUCUUAAAACCUUACAGACCAACGAAGGCAAAUUAACAUCAGAAUUUAAUAGCCAUCUGAGUCUUUGCAAAGAGUGGAUGUCCCAACACAAUAAAGUGUUAGAACAACUAACUUUAAAUCAAAUAAGAGUUAAUGCCACUUUAGAACUACUAUUACAAAAAGAAGCUUAUAGGGACUAUAGCUUAAUUAAAUUUGCGAAAUUCGCACAAAUCUUAGGAAUUAUAACAAACAACGUAGAAGAUUUAAUGUUAGAAAUAAUCAGAUUAGAAAAUAUGAUGGCUUUUAUACGCGCAUCUAGUACUCAUCAUUCCAUGAUUGAUAUAGAGGCCUUGCAGUCAAUGAUAGAUAGAUUAAAAUCCCUUUAUACUCCAAAUCAAAUUCUAAAUUUAGAACUUAGAGAAUAUUACAGCUUAAUCAAGCCAGGAUCUUAUUUCAUCGAUAAACGUAUAGUAAUAGUAUAUAAUUUUCCAAUUGUUUCCCAAGAUACAUAUGACCUAUACAAACUAUCCAUUGUACCCAACAAAAGACAACUUGCCCUUAUUCCUUCCUCUCCUUAUAUAGCAACAGAUGAGAAAUCGUUCGUGUACAUAGAGGCUGAAUGCCCGAAGUAUAGCAGUACUUAUCUCUGCGAAAAGAAGACCGGCCAGCAGAUCCAGUCGAAACCUGAUUGUAUUCAGAAACUCAUCGUUCAUCAGAGUCUAGAGAAUACUUGUCAAUUCACGAAGAUAUCUCUCAUCAAGGAAGCAGUAGAAAAAUUAGACGACCAACAUUACGUGCUGUCUCUACCCGAACCUACCAAAGUUCAGUUGGCAUGUGGGAGAAAGGACUUCAACACACUUCAAGGAAGCUACCUCGUAACCAUCCCUAUGGGUUGCUAUCUACAGACUCCAGAAUUAACUAUAAUAAACGAUGACAACGCGAUAAAGGGUCAACCAUUGAAACUAGCGAAGAUACCAUACGAUGAAAUGAAUCUGACUGCCGUCUCUACCCACAUCAAUUUCAGCUCGAUCGAUCUGGAAGACUUACACAGCAUCCAAACUAAAUUCAUGUUGGGAAAACCUAUUGACAUCGAGGAGAUUCAACCAACUGCCCUGUACCACACAACCAUCCCACUAUACGUCAUAUUACUGGGCGCAAUCCUAUUUUUCACUCUGAGAUUAAUUCGCAAAUACAAAUGUUGGAGACUAAAAUCAGAAGAUAAAGAAAAGCAGUCAUCUCUUGAGAUACAUACAUACGAAGACGUCAAGAAAAAUACCAGAAAACGAGAUGACUUUCCAGCAACAUUUUCUCUUAAUAUGGUCAAAAAUAGUUGCUGAUCUAUGGGUGGAGGUGUUAAGUAUGGAGCCUUAAUGGAUAUCAUCGACGCUGCAUUUCCUGUUAUUGUCCGCCAGCUGCAUAGAAACUGUCUGAAUGACGUAAAUCGUCAUGAACCGCUGAUGUAGCGAAAUUUGUAAUUAGUUAUUAACUCAAAAUUGUAUGCAUUCCUAUUUCUAAUAUCGAGUAGGUCUCACGCAUUAAUUAUUGUAAUUUUUAUAAGUAAUAAAUUAGCAUUUAAAAUCAUUUUUGGUUUUUUUUCUAUCUGCCGUCUGCAGUAUAC